AUGAGUAGGAAGAGAUCAAAAAUGUCUUCCAGUGGCGCUCUCACUAACUGCUAUGUGGACGCGAUCCUGGGCCAGGAGCCGGAGGAUGUGUACGGGGCUCGCUUUCUCCAGGCUCCGCACACGGUGACCCCGAGGCCGCCAGGUGCUGCCGGGGACACCGCUGACUUCUCCUCAUGCAAUUUUGCACCAAAGUCCGCCGUUUUCUCGUCGUCGUGGUCCUCGGUUCACCCGCAGGGGAUUUAUCAUCCGUAUGUGCACCACCAUCACCACCACCACCAGCCCCACCUCCCCGCCUCGGACGGCAGAUACGUCCGCUCCUGGAUGGACCCCAUCUCCAACCACGUCUCGUUCGCCGGCUUCCACUCCGGCAGCAGCGGCGGCGGUGGUGGUGGAGGUGGUGUUGGUCGGCCGUACGGGACAAAGCCGGAGAUCGUGUUGCCACCGAAAGAGUGCGCGGACGCGUUGGAAGCUGAGGCGCGGCCGCUCGCCGGUGAAUUCGCCUGUGGAGUAUCGGAGUGUGCGGAAAAAGCGAGCAAAGAGCACAGUGGAAGUGAGCUUUCGAGCCACAGCGAGCCCAAAGAGGAGAAACAACAACAACAACUUGACCCAAACAACCCUGCAACAAACUGGAUCCACGCACGCUCCACGAGGAAGAAGCGCUGCCCGUACACCAAAUAUCAGACUUUAGAGCUGGAAAAGGAGUUCCUCUUCAACAUGUAUCUGACAAGAGACCGCCGCUAUGAAGUGGCCCGCAUACUCAGUUUAACCGAGAGACAAGUGAAGAUCUGGUUCCAGAACAGGAGGAUGAAAAUGAAGAAGAUGAACAGAGAGAGAGGCGGCAAGGAGCUGCUAUAAAACAAAUCACUGCCAUUUCUCAAACCAAGGAAAGCCAUCUGAACAAUUAAAUCAAUUUUGGUAGGAGCCUCAGUUCAUUUUUUUAGACCCUCUAGGUAUAUAAGCGUAAUUAUUGCGUGUCAGUGUCAGAACGUGUUGGCCAAAUAUGCAUCAAAAUCUAAUGUGCAGGAAUUAGUCUUGGUGGGAUUCAGUCACAUGCUGUUAAAUAUUUUCUCUGUUUUGAAUUUUCCACCACCACAAACAGUUUGUCACAUUUGUUGCGCCUCCCUUCAUUAGAAAAUGUGCCUCUGUGUAUUGCUUUUAUAGUUGUAAGGAAUUUGGACUUGUAU